UAUCAUGAUUCCAAAACCUAUCAUCAGUAUCCGCGCUUUCUGAGCUCCUCAUUUCCGGCAGCGGCCAUUCGUCGUCAAUAUAGUGGGCAUUCUUCCAUAAAAUUAUCUAACUCAUCAGUCCCUAGCCGUGUUCAGACUACCCUAGCCUAUCUCCUCUGACCCCCUGAGUCCUUUGCAUUACAUCCAACUUCACCUCGGCAGCCUCACACUCUACUCAUGGGCCGAUGCUGCGGUCUAUAGUAUGCCUUAGAGUUACUAUCAGAGCGAAUUUUGCGACCUUAAGUUCAAUAUAUCAUGACGGACCGCCACAAGAAAGAGGUAGAUGACUACGACUACAAACAAGGGAAGAUCCGGGAUUAUUGGCGACUCUAUGCUAUAAUAUUCCCUGACAUGGUAGAGUCUAGAACCUACAUCUGGGAUAAAUAUGCGAUGAAUCCUGAGUCUGAACCGUUCAGAUGGCGCUUAGCCCUUGCACGCAUGCCCAAGUCAGAAUUUGAAUACCUCUAUGCGCAAAUGCAUGGAUGCGCUUACGCACUUCAACAGGAGGCUAUGAUGGCAGAUGCGGACUAUGUUUCUAGUCGGUGGUCCCUCUUGCAAAGUCAUAGGCGCAAUUCUAUUAUAAAGGAAAUAAGAUCAAUACGCCCCCAAAUGGGGGCAGACACGGGGCAAAACGGUUUCACGGAUGUGCUCAAGCGAAGACUCGUGAUGACACACAGGCUCCUGAGACGAUACAGACAUGAGGAUAAGACCAGCAUCAUUCCGGUGGACGACCGGAUUGCUGGGCGUCAAGCUAGCUUUGACAAUAAAUUCGAGUAUUCUGGAAUUACCUACCCGUCACAUUCUGGCCAUCCAUUGAGAGGGAACGUCCCCUCUGUGAAAAGCAUUUCAGACAUAUCGCGUGUUCCAUCUGCCAUUUUGAGAGAGAUGCUAUUGGAGAUCUCUCGGCCCUCACCUACACUCAAACGCGCUUUAGCCACUGAACUAGACCUUGCAAAGCCAUGGAACGAUGGAGCAACUUCGUUCUCUCUCGUGCUCAACUGCAAGACCGGAUCCCAAAUACGAGCGGCAAUACGCAAGCUAUGUGCCCUCUCACCUGCAUUACGGCAAGCUGUUAUCAACAAACUCGGAUCAUGAGCAGACAGUCUUUGUCAAUGACGGACGCUCUUACCAAUGAUUGAACUUGGUGAGGACUGGGAUGCAGUCACUCUCCUCCUCAGCAAAGAAUUCACUUCUUGUAUUAUAUUCUAUAUGCUCCAGAGUAUGCUUCUGUUUGGAUGAAAGAAUGUUAGGAUGGAUAGCAGCGCAGAUUCAUUGCCACCCUAGAAUCGUGUUUACUGAACGCAAGCAGCGUCAAUCACUGUUUUACCUUACUACCAAUAU